AAUAUAAAAGACAAAAACCCCAGAUAAUAAUAGACCCCCCUUCCCUCCCUCCCUCUAGAUCAAUAAUAAAAACACCCACUGAUUUAUUAUUAUUAUUAUUAUUAUUGUUCACAACAUCAAAUGCAAACUUUUCCACACCAAAACCCUAAUCUCUUUCCCAAUUGAUCCAUCACUUCCUUAUGUCUGAAGAUAACUCCGGCGGCGGUAAGGUCAGAAACUCUGUCUCCGGCGCCGGAACCAUCACCGGAACUGUCGCCGGAGAAUAUUUCACGGCGUAUCCAGAUCAAGUUCUGGAAAACGUAAUCGAAAACGUGUUAGUAUUUCUGACGUCACGGCGUGACAGAAGCGCGGUGUCACUCGUCUGCAAAUCAUGGUACCGUGCGGAAGCACACACCAGAUCCGAUCUGUUCAUCGGAAACUGUUACGCAAUAGCUCCGAAGCGGGUGACGGACCGGUUUAAAAGAAUCCGGUCCAUUGCGUUGAAAGGGAAACCCCGGUUCGCUGAUUUUAGUUUGUUGCCGGUGGAUUGGGGUGCGUAUUUCACUCCAUGGGCGCACGCUAUGGCUAACGCUUAUCGUGCGCUAGAAAAGAUUUAUUUGAAGCGUAUGUUAGUUACGGAUGAUGAUCUGGCGGUUAUUGCUCAUUCGUUUGUGAAUUUUAAGGAGAUUGUGUUGGUUUGUUGUGAGGGGUUUGGUACUACUGGACUUGCUCUUGUUGCUAGCCACUGCAGGAAUCUUCGUGUUCUUGAGUUGAUUGAAGAUGACGUUUCGGUUUCGGUAGAUGAAGUCGAUUGGAUUUCAUGUUUCCCAGCCGAGGGAACAACGAAUUUGGAGUCGUUGUGUUUCGAUUGUGUCGAAGCGGAAGUUAAUUUCGACGCGUUAGAGAGACUGGUGGCAAGAUCACCGUUGUUAAAGAAGCUUAAGUUGAAUACGCCUGUAUCGAUACAGGAGCUUUAUAAGUUGAUUGUAAGAGCGCCACAGUUGACUCAUCUGGGUACCGGUUCGUUUAAUCCGUUGGUGGAAAUCAAUCAGCAACAGGGGGAUCAUCAAGAGCCGGAUUACGCUGCUGCUUUUGCUGCGUGUAAAUCGAUUGUUUGUCUCUCGGGGUUUCGGGAAAUCGCCCCUGAGUAUUUUCCGACCAUUGUUCCGCUUUGCGGUAAUCUCACGUCGUUGAAUCUUAGUUUUGCUAACGUUAAUGCCGAGCAGUUCAAGCCCGUUAUCCGCCACUGUCAUAAGUUACAGGUUUUUUGGGCAUUUGAUACAAUUUGUGAUGAAGGACUUCAAGCAGUAGCAGAUACAUGUAAAGAUCUUCGUGAGCUUCGUAUAUUUCCUGUAGACGCUCAGGAAUACGAUGAGGGGCCAGUAUCCGAAGUCGGUCUUCUUGCAAUUUCUUUAGGGUGUAGAAAACUGCAAUCCAUUCUUUACUUUUGUCAGCAGAUGACGAACGCAGCGGUUAUCGCCAUGUCGAAAAACUGCCCGGAUCUUGUAGUGUUUCGUCUUUGUAUAAUCGGCCGGUACAGACCCGAUCGGGUCACUGGUGAACCCAUGGACGAGGGUUUCGGAGCCAUCGUCAAGAAUUGCACGAAACUCACUCGGCUAGCCGUUUCCGGUAUGCUAACGGAUAGAGCGUUCAGUUACAUAGGGCAGUAUGGUAAAUUGGUGCGAACGUUAUCCGUGGCUUUUAAUGGGGAUAGUGACAAUGGGCUCAAAUACGUGUUGGAGGGGUGCACGAAUUUGCAAAAGCUCGAGAUCAGAGAUUGUCCGUUUGGGGACUCUGGUUUGCAGUCGGGUUUGCACCGUUUUUACGAUAUGAGGUUCGUUUGGAUGUCUUCAUGUCGUGUGACUAGACAAGGGUGCUUGGAGGUUGCUAGACGAUUGCCGAAAUUACGGGUUGAGGUUUUUAGACGGGAUGAAGAGGAAGGAGAGAGGGGCGAUUUUGUAGAAACCCUCUAUAUGUAUAGGUCCCUCGAUGGACCACGGCCCGAUGCACCCCAAUUUGUCGAGAUCCUGUGAAUUUAUACAGAUUUCCCCAUGCACCCUGAUUUAUACCCGUUUCAAGAUUCGUCGGGUCACUGAAAAUUCUAAUGCAUUGUUCAAAACCGCGCUUUCAUCUGGCUCAAAAUGCACGUUCAUGGUGUUUCAUGUCAUAAAGAUUCGAUCUUUCAAGUCGGGGGGAGAAAGAACGCCGUCUUUAUUUGUUUAUUCAAUCCGAAAGUGGUUCGGUAUCGAAAACAUGUGAAGUUUGUUUAAGCAGAAGGGUAGAUUAUGGUGAUGAUGAAGUGAUGAUAGCAUUCUUUAAUUUGGGGGCAGAGAAGUUUGAAUCCUGCUUCAUGUUCUGUUCAGAUGUUAGAUUUUAAGAGAACUAGCACCUCUUGAAUGAUUCAUUCACAUCUCUUUUUUUCAGAAUACUUUUGAAUUUUCUUUCUUGGCAGAAAUGAAACCUUGAAUUUAUGAUCAGUUGGAAAAUGACUGAAAUUUGUGCUUGUAUUGUGUUAGUAGUGGUCAAAUCUAGAGCAUUGUUCAAGUCAACUUGGUUAAUUAUUUGGGUUGUUUAAGGUUAUUUAUUACACGAAUAAAUCUUUUGUGACUUGCUUUA